CGCCCUCCGAGGGCGGAUAUAUUAUUGAUGCCCAAAUAUAUUGAUGCAGUUAGGUGAAAACUGAUGUGGUGGUUAUUAGGUUAACUGAUGCGGUGGUUAUUGUAUAAAGUUUGUAUUUUUCUUAUAUACAGUUAUCAUAUCAAAAGCAUUAGGGUACCUUACAAAAGAAAACACAUGGCUCGCCGGACAAGCUACUUGCAACAUCGAAUUCCGGUGCUGAAAAUAAGGGAAGGACCUUACACGCAGCUAGGCUACGCGCAGCAGCGGAGGUACAUUACGUAGGUGUUAGUGAUGAUUGAAAAUUAGUUCUUGUUCUAGUUUUUGUUGUUGUAAUGUUUCUUAAAUGUACUGAAUGUAAUAUUUGCUUCGUCUUUGUUUUCUUUUUAUUUAUUUUUAAUUACAAAUGAAUAAGAAAAUAGUAAAAUGAUCUAUAUUAUUGUUAGUAAAUGAAUUUUCACAUCUAAAUUCUCACUUUAAAAGUUAUUGUGGUUAAUAUUGUCUAUACCAUUAGUAUAUAUUAAUAUAAAUUAUUGUAUAUAUAAAUUAGCAAAAAAAAACAUAUUAAAAAUAUACAAUUCCAUAAAAUCUAUAUAUAAUGUUGUUAUCCAAAAAAUUUAAUAAUAGAAAAUUAAAAUUAAAAUAUAGAAAGAUGUAUAAACACUAAUUAAUUUUCUAAAAAUUAAAUUUUGUAAUUUUUUAUAAUAAAUAUAAUAAUAAGUAUUUUGUAAUAUGAUUAUGCUCGUUUGCGCAGACAAAACACCUAUACAUAUUCGUAGAGUACUUUAAAGAUAACACGUUUUUCUUCUUUGUUAUAAAAGUUGUAGUGUCUUAUAUAAGAUUUUUAUUAUGACCCAAGUAUGUAACUGUUCUAGAUCCGUCAAGGCACAUGACAUCCUUACAGAAUCUCACACACGUCAUGCUCUUCAAGAACGUACAUGCGACAGUAGAGAGGUCGUUUGCAAACUUUGUGGAAAUGGUGUUUCUUAUGGGUCAACCACUUACUAUUGUCGUCUAUGUAGAUCCUAUUUUCACAAGGAUUGUCUUACAAUAACUUCCCCAAAGAUUCAUGAGCAUACACUCACCUACCUUCAAAGAAAACACUCAUUCGGUUGCGAUGCUUGUGGAUUCGUCCGUCCAGAUGAGAUUGAUAUGUUCGGAUGUUUACAAUGCGAUUUCUUUGUUCACAGAAGUUGCAUCUUCUUACCGAGGGUUAUAAAACUCACACGUCACUCACAUUAUCUUUCUCACGUUUUUCAUAUACUUGAUGAUGAGGCCAAGUGUGGAGUUUGUCAGGGACGGUUUAGUUCAGGCUAUGGAGGAUAUGCUUGUAUUGACAAAACAUGUGAUUAUGUUGUCCAUUCUACAUGUGCGACAAAUAUCAACGUGUGGGAUGGAAUAGAUGUCGAAGGAGAAUUUAAGGAAGUGAGAUGCUGUGGUUUCUUCAUUAGAAGAGAUGGAUGACAUACAAGUACAUCAUUUUAGCCACGACCAUGGCUUAUCGAGAAUCAACGUCAGUGUUGACCGUGAAGAAUGUAGACAGGUAUGUGAAGCAUGUAUCCUUCCUAUUGAUAUGGGUACUUUCUUGGGUUGCAAGGAAUGCAGUUUUGCCCUCCACGAAGAAAGUGCUCGCCUUCCACCGGAGAUGGAGCAUCCGUUACACCGCCAUCGGAUAACCGUGCAGGUCCAAAGGAACAUCAACGAAGGGUUUUUCACCUGUUCUGCCUGUAAGCAGGAUUCUUGUGGUUUUAUGUAUCAAUGUUGCCAAGAAGAGUGUGGGUUCAAGAUAGAUGUUAAGUGUGCUUCCUUUACCGACCCAUUUAAGCAUAAACCCCACAAAUGCCCUCUCUAUCUUAGACUAGAAGAUCUUGGUAACAGAAAGUCUUACUUGUGUUGUGGUUGCCAUGAAUAUUCAACUACUGUGGCAACUUGUAUCAAAUGUAAAGACUCCUCCUUUGAUUUCAAAUGCUUGAACUUACCUCCUGUGAUCAGAUAUAAGUAUGAUAUACAUCCACUUACGCUAUACUUUGAUAGAAAACGCUACGAGAAACAACAGCUGGAAAAGUUUUGGAAAAGUAACUUCUUAGGUUGGGGAAGAGAUAGACUCCCAUACUCUUGGUGUGACGUUUGUGAAGAAGAAGUACACGAAUAUUUAUUGUUCUACAUAUGUUUUGAUUGUCGCACCACUAUACAUGUUAAGUGCAUCUUAGGAAGUUAUCCUUAUAUGAAACCUAGCCAUAAGAUCAAAGUGAACGGUCUCAAGAUUCAGAUAGCUUCAAACACUGGUUCUUCUCGGCCAAUUUGUCAUACAUGUCACAGUCUCUGCCGAGACAAGUUGGUAUUCAAGGAGAAUGGUUUAUGUUUUUGUUCUUUGAUGUGUAUUCAUUCUACCAAACUUGUUCUUCGGAGUGAAUAAAUAAAAAUUUCUAGAAA